ACUUUCCCUGACAGGAUCUAAGGGGGGCGGAGUCUAACCUGCAGUACUUCCUGUAUUGACGUUUGAAAGCAGCUCUGCUACAUUCUAGCUGUGAAGCUUCGACUUGGCAGCUGAACGGGGAUAAUGUGAGCAGCUCGCACUGGCAGGUGAAGGUCACCUAAGUUUUCACUCGACCUGUUCAUGGCAAACCGAUCCUGGCUGGAGUCUUCCCUACGGCGCUCUGCCAGUCUGGGCUUGGAGGUGCUGGAGCGUGCCUCCAGACGGAGCGUAGACUGGACUAGCACUGGUGCAUCCCAGAGCCCCACUACAACAGAUGAAGAUGCACAUAUACCUGUCAAGAAAGCCUGUACAGAGCUUAAUGAUGCCUUUGCAACCAUUGCAGAGUUCAUGGCACAGACGACCUAUCAUUGUAAAAGGUUUUAUGAGUCUGGCUGUUGCACUGAGCCCAACGACACUGAAAAAAAACACACGUCCAGGUUUCACACGCGUAUAGGAGCUGGGAAGACAAAACCUGCACUGCCAAAAAGGAAACAUGGCCAUGUGUCAGCAGCGGGUGAAGAUUUUUACAUCGAAGUUUCACCUGGAACGUACGCCAUCACUGCCAGUAUGCCGGAGUCCCAGCAGCAGACUCAGCUGGUCAGUGUUAAAGCUGGGGAGAGCAUCAACCUCACCUUCAACCUCUGACCCCAACCUGACCAGACCAGUCACCCCUAACCUUCAAUAACAAAACUGAACCAUGCUAGUGAUGUUUACGUGUGUUUCUUGCCUGUUUUUAAUACAGAUUUUUGCAUUAUGAGUUUUAUUUUGCUAUUUAAAUGUUUAUUUGCUGCACAUUGAGAAGCCAUAUUUUUAUUGCAUUUUACAAAAGUGUUUUAUUUGGAUUGCAUGUCACAAUUUUGCCGUAGAGCAUCAUGUAAUGCACUUCUGAAUGAUUUUACCUGCACUAAUACCGCUUCAGUAUAUAAAAUAAAUGUAUUUUUUCAUCAA